CAGGUCAGUACGAAUUUAACCGUCGAACGAAACUGUUUUUUUCCGGUCCCUUUUUGUUUCACGAAUUGAAACGAACGAACGAACCUCAAACCGGAUAAAAAUUUUAAAUUAUUUAGAACGAAAAAAAUCUAAGUGUACAGUGGCCUGUAACAGUAAAUAACAAUGAAUAACUUCAGAGGAAAUGUUUUGUUCGUAAUUGGCUUUAUUGCCAUUGUAAAUUCGUUACCUGUUCAGGAUGACCUCAAAAAACAUAAACAUAACUCAAAGCAUUUAGAAUGUGUUAUUACUGACGGUGUUGGAGUGUAUAAGCCACAUCCUUUAAAUUGUAAUGCAUAUUUUCAAUGCGUACACAAUCGAUUUGUUCAAAGAUUUUGUCCUGAGGAAUUGUACUGGAAUCCUGAAGAGAGCAUAUGUGACUGGAAACAUAAUGUUAACUGUGAUAAUGAGUCAGGAGAAACGGAUAGAGAACCAGCACCAGAUAAAUGCUCGUCUAGUUCAUCGUCGUCGUCAAGUUCUUCCAGUUCGUCUUCAUCGAGUUCGAGUUCCUCGUCGUCGAGUUCAAGUUCCUCAUCGUCAAGUUCAAGUUCUUCAUCUUCUUCAUCAUCGUGUUCUUCAGAAGAAUCAGGAAUACCAUCGACAACGACAGAAGCGCCUACGACAGUAACGCAUUCAACCACUUCUGAAAUUCCUUCUUCAACCACAGAAGUUCCAACAACAGUGACCACUCCUCAAAUUCCUCCUUCAACCACUCCUGAAAUUCCUUCUUCAACAACAGACGUUCCAACGACAGUAACGCAAUCAACCACUUCUGAAAUCCCUUCUUCAACAACAGAUGAUCCUACGACAGAAACGCAAUCAACCACUUCUGAAAUUCCUCCUUCAACCACAGAAAUUCCAACGACAGUGACGCAUUCAACCACUUCUGAAAUUCCUUCUUCAACCACAGAAAUUCCAACGACAGUCACCACUCCUCAAAUUCCUCCUUCAACCACUCCUGAAAUUCCUUCUUCAACAACAGACGUUCCAACGACAGUAACGCAAUCAACUACUUCUGAAAUCCCUUCUUCAACAACAGAUGAUCCUACGACAGUAACGCAAUCAACGACAUCCGAUACUCCUACUACAACAAGUGAAAUUCCAUCGACAACAACUGGACCACCAUCAAAUUUUCUGUGCCCAAAUAUAGACCCGUUUUCAAACUUUUACCCACAUCCUGAUUGUCGACGGUUCUACCAUGAUAUGACUACUGUUUUAAUUGAUCGUUCCUGUCCGGAAGGAUAUCAUUGGAAUAAUAGAGAAAACUGUUGUGAUGAUCCAGCCAGAGCAAAUUGUGUAUUUGGUCAAGCACCUUUAAGACCUUCCAUUCCAGAAGAGGAGCUCAUAACCACUGUACCAACAUCAUAUGGCCCAUCAACAGAAUAUUCAUCGACUGAAACUACCUCCACUUUAUCUGAAAGUCCUUCUACAACAGAAACUACAUCAUCAAUAACAGAAAUUUCGUCAACCACAGAAAUUUGGUCAACCACAGAAAUUUCGUCAACCACAGAAAUUACUCCGACAACAACAGAAAUUCCCUCAACGACAAUUGGACCACCUUCAAAUUUCUUGUGCCCAAAUGGAGAUCCGUUUAGAAACGUUUACCCACAUCCAGACUGUCAACGGUUCUAUGAAGAUAGAUAUGACAUCGUAAUUGAUCGUUCCUGUCCACAAGGAUAUCACUGGAAUGAUCAAGAAAAGUGUUGCGAUGAUCCAGUCAGAGCAAAUUGCGUAUUUGGUCAAGCACCUUUGAGACCUUCAGUUCCAGAAGAGGAACUUACAACUUUUGCUCCGACGACGUACAAUCCAUCUACAGAAUAUUCAUCGAGUGAAGCUACAACGACUUCAGCUGAAAGUACAUCAACAACAAUUGAAGUUUCUCCCUCGACACCCGACCUUCCUACAACUAUUGAAAAUCGACCUCCAUCAAAUUUCUUCUGUCCGAAUAAAAAUCCAUUUAGAAAUUUCCAUCCCCAUCCAGAUUGUCGCAGAUUUUACGAGGAACAGAAUGACAGAAUAAUUGAUCGUUCCUGUCCAGAAGCAUAUCAUUGGAGUAACAGAGAAAACUGUUGCGAUCAUCCACUCAGAGCAAAUUGCGUUUUUGGUCAAGCACCUCUAAGACCUUCAAUUCCAGAAGAAGAGCUGACAACAAGCGCUCCGACGACUUACAAUCCACCUACAGAAUAUUCAUCAACAGGGACCGCAUCGACUUCUGAAAGUACAUCAAUAACAACUGAAAUUUCUCCAACGACACCCGACCUUCCUACAACUAUUGAAAAUCGACCUCCAUCGAAUUACUUGUGCCCAAAUAAAAAUCCAUUUAGAAAUUUCCAUCCCCAUCCAGAUUGUCUCAGAUUUUACGAGGAACAGAAUGACAGAAUAAUUGAUCGCGCCUGCCCAGACGGAUAUCAUUGGAAUAAUGGUGAAAAUUGUUGCGGUGAUCCAGCCAACUCUAAUUGUGUCUUCGGUCAAGCUCCACGGCGACCAGACGCUAUUAUUGAAGAUGCAAUCAUCACAACAACCACUUUACCAACAACUACAGACUACUUACUGCCAACAACCGACGAUAUUGAUGAUGAUGAUGAUGAAAACAAUUUUAAUUGUCCAAACAACCAUCCUUGGAUUGAACUCUUCCCUCAUCCGGACUGCACAAGAUUCUAUCGAGUUCAUUUAGAUACAACAUUUGAACAGAGCUGUACCAAUGGAUUGCACUUCAAUCCGAACGCAAAAUGCUGUGUCGAGCCACAUUUAUCAAACUGUAUUUUCGGUUCUGCUCCGCACAGACCCGAUGCUAUUCCUUUAUGAAUAUAAAAUUAUUCGAAAACAUGA